AUGGCUCCCGGUGCUGUACAAGGACUAAUACUUCCAAGGGAGCUUACGAAAUGUCUUCUUCAUCGAGACUUUGGAUUGAACCUUGCGCUCCCGAGCGACCGGCUGUGCCCUACUGUGCCGAAUAGGUUUAGGUUGAAUUAUGUUCUUUGGAUUCAAGAUUUACUCGAUUCUACUGGUAAUCUCGAGAACGAUGAGUUUGACUCCACACGCGAGGUUGUGGGGUUGGAUGUGGGCACUGGUGCGAGUUGUAUAUACCCGCUCCUUGGGUGUGCGUUACGAGAUGGUUGGAAGUUUAUUGCUACAGACAUCGACGGGAAGUCACUUGAGUAUGCUAGGGAGAAUGUCAGGAGGAAUAAGGAGAAGGUCGGAGACUUAGAUGAGAGGAUCAUGGUUUUGGAUAAUUCUCCUGAUGAUGAUAUCUUCCCGGUCGGGAAAUUGGGGAUUGAGAUGCUUGAUUUCACAAUGUGUAACCCUCCGUUUUACGCCUCCAUAGACGACAUGCUCGACUCUGCUAGGCAAAAAGACUUACCACCCUCAUCGGCCUGCACUGGCACCACCACCGAAAUGGUCUGUCCCGGCGGCGAAACCUCCUUCGUAGCCUUAAUGCUCAACCAAUCCCUCCAAUUCUGCUCAAUUCUCGGCUUCAAAAACACCUGGUACACCAGCAUGCUUGGGAAGCGUAGUUCCGUGGAAUCACUCGUACCGGAAAUAAAGUUGCAUACACAAAACUACGCAAUCACCGAAUUCAAGCAGGGCUCUACGCGGCGGUGGGGAGUUGCAUGGAGCUUUGGUGAUAGGAGGCCUUGUCUGGCUGCUGCGCGCUAUGAAAGCUCACAGUUGAGAGGGUUGAUGCCGUUUCCCACCGAGUUCGAAUUCGAUGCUGCAGGGGAUGUAAUCAGUGUUGGGUGGGGAACCGUGAAGGGAAAUGUAUGGUCAAGGGCUGCCCGAAGGGCGAAAGCUAGGGGAUUGGAGAUGGAGGGGGUUAGUAAAGGAAUUGUAUUAGGCUUUCGGGUUGGCGUAAAGGAGAAGGAAGACCAAAGUGUAAAGGUGAGAAUCAGGUGGACAAGGGGGACUGAUUCUGUCCUCUUUGAGAGCUUUUGUGGAAUGAUCAAGCGGAAAAUUUUGGGUCGCUAG